AUGGGGUUCCGCCUCAGAUCUACUGAGGAGUAUGGAGAUGAUGUGCCAGUUGCAGGCUAUCGCCCAGACUCAAGUAGCUUCAACAUUGGAGACUGGUCUUCAUCUAGCACUUGGCCGCACGGUGUUGCUUCAACCUCAAAUGCAUACAAGCCUCAACUAAAGAACUACAAACCCCAGCAGCUUCAACUACAGCCAGAGCGACUGUUGCCCCAGCAACCUAGCUACCCUCCCAAGCAGCCGGAGCUUCAGUUGCCCCAGCAGCAAAGCUACCCUCCCCAGAAGCCUCAGUUGCCCCAGCAGCCAAGCUACCCUCCCCAGCAACCGGAGCCUCAGUUGCCCCAGCAGCCAAGCUUACCCUCCCCAAGAAGCCUCAGUUGCCCCAGCAGCCAAGCUACCCUCCCAAGCAGCCGGAGCCUCAGUUGUCCCCAGCAGCCAAGCUACCCUCCCCAGAAAGCCUCAGUUGCCCCAGCAAACCUAGCUACCCCUCCCAAGCAGCCAGAGCCUCAGUUGCCCCAGCAGCCAAGCUACCCUCCCCAGAAGCCUCAGUUGCCCCAGCAAAGCCUCAGUGUGCCCCAGCAGCCAAGCUACCUCCCAAGCAGCCGGAGCCUCAGUUGCCCCAGCAGCCAAGCUACCCUCCCAAGCAGCCGGAGCCUCAGUUUCCCCCAGCAGCCAAGCUACCUCCCCAGAAGCCUCAGUUGCCCCAGCAGCCAAGCUACCCCUCCCCAGCAACCGGAGCUUCAAUUGCCCCAGCAGCCAACCAAGCUACCCUCCCAAGCAGCCGGAGCCUCAGUUACCCCAGCAGCCAAGGCUACCCUCCCAGAAGCCUCAGUUUGCCCCAGCAACCUCAAGCUACCCUCCCAAGCAGCCAGAGCCUCAGUUGCCCCAGCAGCCAAGCGACCCUCCCCAGAAGCUCAGUUGCCCCAGCAGCCAAGCUACCCUCCCAGAAGCCUCACUUGCCCCAGCAGUCAAGCUACCCUCCCAAGCAGCCGGAGCCUCAGUUUGCCCCAGCAGCCAAAGCUACCCUCCCAAGCAGCCGGAGCCUCAGUUUGCCCCAGAAGCCAAGUUACCCUCCCCAGAAGCCUCAGUUGCCCCAGCAGCCAAGCUACCCUCCCCAGCAACCGGAGCUUCAGUUGCCCCAGCAAGCCAAGCUACCCCUCCCCAGAAGCCUCAGUUUGCCCCAGCAGCCAAGAUACCCUCCCAAGCAGCAGGAGCCUCUGUGCCCCAGCAGCCAAGACUACCUCCCCAGAAGCUCAGUUGCCCAGCAGCCAAGCUACCCUCCCAAGCAACCGGAGCUUUCAAUUGCCCCAGCAGCCAAGCUACCCUCCCCAGAAGCCGCAGGUUGCCCCAGCAGCCAAGCUACCCUCCCAAGCAAGCCGGAGCCUCAGUUGCCCCAGCAGCCAAGCUACCCUCCCCAGAAGCCUCGUUGCCCCAGCAGCCAAGCUACCCUCCCCAGAAGCCUCAGUUGCCCCAGCAGCCAAGCUACCCUCCCAAGCAGCCGGAGCCUCAGUUGCCCCAGCAGCCAAGCUACCCUCCCAAGCAGCCGGAGCCUCAGUUGCCCCAGCAGCCAAGCUACCCUCCCAGCAACCGGAGCUUCAGUUGCCCCAGCAGCCAAGCUACCCUCCCCAGAAGCCUCAGUUGCCCCAGCAGCCAAGCUACCCUCCCAAGCAGCCGGAGCUUCAGUUGCCUCAGCAGGCAAGCUACCCUCCCCAGAAGCCUCAGUUGCCCCAGCGGCCAAGCUACCCUCCCCAGAAGCCUCAGUUGCCCCAGCAGCCAAGAUACCCCUCCCCAGCAACCGGAGCUUCAGUUGCCCCAGCAGCCAAGCUACCCUCCCCAGAAGCCUCAGUUGCCCCAGCAGCCAAGCUAACCCUCCCAAGCAGCCGGAGCCUCAGUUGCCCCAGCAGCCAAGCUACCCUCCCCAGAAGCCUCAGUUGCCCCCAGCAGCCAAGCUACCCUCCCCAGAAGCCUCAGUUGCCCCAGCAGCAAAGCUACCCUCCCCAGAAGCCUCAGUUGCCCCAGCAGCCAAGCUACCCUCCCAAGCAGCCAGAGCCUCAGUUGCCCCCAGCAGCCAAGCUUACCCUCCCCAGAAGCCUCAGUUGCCCCAGCAGCCAAGCUACCCUCCCCAGAAGCCUCAUUGCCCCAGCAGCCAGCUACCCUCCCCCAGAAGCCUCAGUUGCCCCAGCAGCCAAGCUACCCUCCCAAGCAGCCGGAGCUUCAGUUGCCUCAGCAGCCAAGCUACCCUCCCCAGACGCCUCAGAUUGCCCCAGCAGCCAAGCUACCCUCCCCAGAAGCCUCAGUUGCCCCAGCAGCCAAGAUACCCUCCCCAGCAAACCGGAGCUUCAGUUGCCCCAGCAGCCAAGCUACCCUCCCCAGAAGCCUCAGUUGCCCAUCAGGCCAAGAUACCCUCCACAGCAACCGGAGCUUCAGUUGCCCCAGCAACCUAGCUACCCCCCCCAAGCAGUCGGAGCUUCAGUUGCCCCCGCAGCCAAGCUACCCCCCCAGCAACCAGAGCUUCAGUUGCCCCAGCAGCCAAAGCUACCCUCCCAAGCAACCAGAGCUUCAGUUGCCCCAGCAGCCAAGCUACCCUCCCAACAGCCGGAGCGUCAGUUACCCCAGCAGCCAAGCUACCCCACCCAAGCAGCCGGAUCAACUGUUGCCCCAGCAGCAAAGCUACCCUCCCAAGCAACCAGAGCGACUGUUUGCCACAUCAGUUGCCCCAGCAGACAAGCUACCCCUCCCAGCAACCGGAGCUUCAGUUGCCCCAGCAGCCAAGCUACCCUCCCAAGCAAGCCGGAGCCCUCAGUUGCCCCAGCAGCCAAGCUACCACUCCCCCAACAGCCGGCGCGUCAGUUGCCCCAGCAGCCAAGCUACCCUCCCAAGCAGCCGGAGCGUCAGUUGCCCCAGCAGCCUAGCUACCCUCCCCAGCAACCGGAGCGUCAGUUACCCCGCUGCCCCAGUCUGGCUCCCGGCCCCGGCCCUCAGUCCGGCUCCCCGCCACGGCAGCAGCAGUCCGGCUCCCCGCCCCGGCAGCAGCAAGUCCGCUCCCCGCCCCGGCAGCAGCAGUCCGGCUCCCCGCCCCGGCAGCAAGCAGUCCGGCUCCCCGCCCCGGCAGCAGCAGUCCGGCUCCCCGCCCCGGCAGCAGCAGUCCGGCUCCCCGCCCGGCAGCAGCAGUCCGGCUCCCGCCCCGUGCAGCAGAGCAGUCCGGCUCCCCGCCCCGGCAGCAGCAGUUCCGGCUUCCCCGCCCCGGCAGCAGCAGUCCGGCUCCCCGCCCCGGCGCAGCAGUCCGGCUCCCCGCCCCGGCAGCAGCAGUCCGGCUCCCCCGCCCCGGCAGCAGCAGUCCGGCUCCCCCGCCCCGGCAGCAGGUCCGGAGCACUUGUCAGACAACCUGAACAAGAUCUAUGGUUCGUACAUGCAGAGACGGGCUAA